CAAGGAAGGAAGGAAGGAAGGGAGGGAGGAAGGAAAGAAGGAAGGAAGGAAGUCAUUUAGUUCAGCAGUGCUCAAUUCCAAAGAAACACACAGAGUUCUGUUGUAAAUUUGCCUACCUUUAACAAUGGAAAAAAAUAUAGCCUCCAUCUUGAUUUUGGUUCUUGCUGUCUUGAAUACUCUGGCUAAAGAAACUACUACUAAAGAUGGAAGAAAAGACCCAAAAGAACCCAAAGAGACCCAUCCUAAACUUCCACAGACUCUUUCAAGAGGUUGGGGCGAUCAACUAAUCUGGACUCAGACUUAUGAAGAAGCUCUUUUUAAAUCCAAAACAAGCAACAAGCCUAUAAUGGUCAUCCACCACUUAGAAGAAUGCCCACAUAGUCAAGCGUUGAAGAAGGUAUUUGCUGAACACAAAGAUAUACAGAAAUUGGCUGCAAGCUUUGUUCUUCUUAAUCUUAUUUAUGAAACUUCAGACAAACAUCUUGCACCAGAUGGUCAAUAUGUGCCCAGAAUUUUGUUUGUAGAUCCUACGCUAACUAUUAGAGCAGAUAUUACUGGAAGAUAUUCCAACCGUCUCUAUGCUUACGAGCCUCAAGAUGCCCCGCUGUUGUACUCAAAUAUGCAGAAAGCUCUGAUUCUGCUAAAGACAGAAUUGUGAAGAAAGAAAAGUGGUCUACUCUCAGAUCUUCUGCUCUGACAGUCCAAAUAUGCUUAGUUUUUUCCUCCUAAUUAAAGCAUCCUGGACUUUGGAUUUGCAUAGGGUAUGGUUUGCUAAUAUGCAACCUUUUAAAACCAAAACUAUGUUAUAAAUAUUCAUUUAUAAUGUUAUGACAUUGUAUUGAUUGCUUUUUUAAAAUAAUACUAAAAUAUGCUAAAUCAUGAUUUAAAAAUAAAUCUACAUUACAUCUUUACCAAAAAA